UAUAGCGAACAUGAGCAAUACAAGUUGCAUAUUCGAAAGUUAAUUCAGUUGCGAAUUGUCUCUUGUCUUGUGCCGACACGUCUUGGAUAUAUAUUGUGUUUGGAAUAUUAUUUGAGCGCGCGCGGUUUAUUUUUUUUUUUAGUCUUCCUCGAAGCCGAUAUAUGAUAAACGUAUUAACAAGCCUAUAUGUCAACGACACACUGACUGUAUUAUUUAACUAUGGAUCUAUUUGAUUACUGCAAAUGUUAUCAUAAUCAUACAGCAAGAUAUUAAGACACCUACCGUAAAAUAUUAAAGGAAUACAAAAAUCAUUAAACAAGACGGAAUAUAUUACCUACUUAUUAGUCAUAUAACUAUAUACAGAGAAGCACAUCUUUAUUCAUCGCAAUAGAGACACGAUAUAUGACAAAUUGACGUCAUCAUUAUGCUACCGGGGAAAGAUAUAUUUUUAUUAUUUAUUGGUUCGUUUCUGUUACUUUGUACAAAUGCAAGUAACACCAAACACAUGUACGCCUUAUGUCCGCCCGAUUUUUUCGGAAUCGGUACGGAAUGCUACUACAUAUCACAAAAGAAGGAAAACUGGCUGGACGCCCACUUCGAUUGCAAGGAUCGGAAAAGUCGCCUAGCCGAACCGAAUCGAUACGAGGAUCGAAUGAUUCGCAAAUUCUUGGUGAAUAACGAUCUGAGCAAGGAGAGUAAGUGGAUUGGAGGCAAUUACAAUUGGGCGCAAAGGAAGUGGCAAUGGCAAGAUGGAAAGGAGUUCACUUAUCAAUCGUUCAGUCAAACGCCUGGCGGAGUGCAAGAACUUCAAUAUCACUGUGCCAUUCUAAAUCCAGACCUAAAAUACAGAUGGUCGGCCAGUUCGUGCGUAGACAAGCAUCAAUACAUUUGUCAACAUCGAAUGCCUUAUGUAAAUGAGAAACAUCGAUCACGAAUCUAUGCAAGGUGGAAUCAGACCUAUCCCAAUGAGCAGGCAACUCAAGUUGAAGUGGUAAUAAAUGCAGCGGAAAUGCUAAAACGUGGUCAUCGUCAAAGUAUUCCAGUAAAUGGUCGAUCAACAAAUACUCAACGCUUAAGUAGACAUCGCAAUUAUUUAGCCAACGAAUGGCUUAAGAAGUACAAAUCACAGCAAAUCGUUCUCAAUCGAAACGCUAUUACGAAUGAAAUAAAUCUUAUUAACACUCCACGACGAAAGGUUCCACAGCGACCCAACCGAUUGGCACCAAGACGACGAAAUCCGAGUAUAGGUCGUGACGAUUUUAUUCAAUUUGAAAGAAAUAAAAAUGUGUACCGACCGUUGAUAACCAACAAGGUAGAUGAUUUCGACAGAGAGGAGUCCAUUACAGUGGCCCCAACUAAUUCACAUAGAUUUUAUGAGCAAACGACGCAUCGCAAUCGAGCUGAAGAUCCAACAUCACCUCCAAGAAAGGUCAAAAACGAACUUGACCCGAAGGAAAGAAAACGGCUCGAGGACACAAAAAGAUUGCUAGAAACUGGACGCUUUGAACAUUCGUAUACAAGACAAAGAAUUGCUACAACCACAGCGAGCACCACAACAACAACUGAGCCUAAUGAACAAAUCGAAUUGGAACGAGACCGAGACCUUGACUAUCGGCGACAGCAAGAGGAAGAAGAACAGGAAAGGUUAAGAGACGAAGAGAUUCGAAGAAAUGAACAAAGAAGAAAAGCUGAAGAGCGACGAAGAGAAGAAGAAGAAGAACGGCGUAGAAUGGAAGAACGGCGGCAAGCUGAAGAAAGGCAAAUGGAAGAGGAACGGCUACAAAAUGAAAUCGAUGAAGAAAAAUUACGAUUGGAGCACGAAGAAGAAUUAAGACGAUCACGGUUACAACAAGAAGAACAACGCAGGGCCGAAGAACGGAAACGGAUUCAUGACGAAAAUUUGCGCGAAAGAGAGGAACGAAUGCGACUGAGAGAAUUGGAGCUGAAAGAAAGGGAAGAGGAGGAACGGAAACUUCGUGAGGACGAGGAGAGAAGGCAGGAAGAGAACAGGCAACGACUGGAAGACAUUGAGCGACAACAACGGGAAGAAGAGGACAGAAAACGACAGGAAGCCGAAGACAAAAGAAUAGAGGAAGAGAAUAAGCGACGUAAAAAUGAAGAAUUGAAGGAGAAAAUGAGACAAAAUCAAGUUGACAUUAGUAAUGAGGACCAAACACUUGACGAUUUACGAUUGAAGGAAAAACUGAGACGAGAGAAAAAUGCAAGAAUGAGAGAAAGGUUAAGCAGAUUAUCGCCCGAGGAGCAGCUCAAAUUUUUCGAACUAAGAAGAAGAAACAAGAAAAACAGCGAAACGCAGCAAAAAUGAAAACAUCGACAAAUCAUUUGUAAUCCAUAAAUGGCAAGGAUGUCUUGCACUCAGCUCUGUCUCUUUCAUUUUGAUUAAACAACGAUUUUUCUUUCAAUUCAUUUCGAUAUAGGUUAAUGUGCCGUGGUAUUAAAAUUUAACUUUAAUGAAUUAACACCUGAAAUAUGUUUAGUCUCGCCAAAAAAAAGAAGAAGAAGAAGGAGGAGGAGAAAAAUUACAAAUAAUUUUAUGUAUUUUUACCGUUUUGUAUAAUAUUUAAGUUGUUCUCUGUUAAUGGACACGAUACAGAUAGAAGGUGCCAUAUUAAAAUGUAUGUAAAAUAAAAACAAACAAAAA